UUUUCUAACCUUCAGUCACAUCAAGUAAUGUGUUUUGAAUAUGAAACAUAGGUUAAACCAAUUUUAACUGUUUAAAAAAGAAAGUAAUGCAAAAUAUGACUGCUGUAAAAAAAGUUGUACUUGAAAAAGACAAUUCAAGUGAUUUAUCUGAAAGUGAAAUAGAAAGAAGUAGUGAAAAUGAAUUUGAGGAAAAUGAAGUUAAUGAUAAAGCUAAUGCUGGAUGGGCAGAUUCAAUUUCAAAAAUUCUCAAGGCAAAUAAACCUAAGGGAAAGAAAACCUUAGUUCUUAGUAAAGCUAAAAAAUUAACUGAUUUACCUAAGAAACAAGUAAAAGAUGUGGGCUUUGAAGUUGAAAAAGAUGGACAAAUUACGCAAGAAGUUGAUAGUGAAUGUUCAGAUAGUAACACUGUCUCUGAUGAAGAAAAAUUCCCCUCAAGGAAAAGGAAAAGAGAUAUACCAAGUAUUAGAGUUAAGCCAAACAUAUUACAGAAAGAUAGGGAACGUAAAUUACAGAAAAUAGCUACAAAAGGUGUAGUUCAGUUAUUUAAUGCUGUAAAGUCCCAGCAAAAGGAAAUUGAUACAAAACUUAAAGAAGCUGGUUCCUUAGAAGUCAAACGUGAUAAAGUUCUAAAGAGUAUAGAUAAGAGGACAUUUUUGGAUGUUCUUAUGGGGAAGAAGUCUGAAAGUGUUGAUCAAAAUCCAGAUACUGAUAUUAAAAAAGAUAGGGUCAAAGAAAACAAUACAUGGAGUGUUCUUAAGGAUGAUUUUAUGAUGGGAGCAAAAAUGAAAGAUUGGGACAAAGAACAAGAAAUGGAACAAGAAAGUGAAAAUGAGAUGGAAUUGGAGUCUGAUUAAAAAAGUUCUUAAUUAAAAUAACCAUUUCAAAGCGUAAUAAAUAUAUCUGUACAUAUUUUU